AUGGAUCUGAUGAAUAGGGUAUUUCUUAAGUUCUUGGAUCAGUUCGUGAUUGUGUUCAUCGAUGACAUUUUGAUAUAUUCUCGAUCCGAAGAAGAGCAUGGGCGACAUCUUCGUAUAGUAUUGGAGAUGCUCCGGCGAGAACGUCUCUAUGGAAAAUUCAGCAAAUGUGCAUUCUGGUUAUCUUCUGUGAGUUUUAUGGGACAUAUUGUUUCUAACAGUGGUAUAUCCGUGGACCCACAAAAGAUAGAGGUUGUUACCAGUUGGGAGCAGCCAAAGUCUGUACAGGAGAUUCGUAGCUUUCUUGGUCUGACCGGGUAUUACCGCAGAUUUGUUGAGGGCUUCUCUAGCAUAGCUCUGCCGUUAACUCAGUUGACCAGGAAAGGGGUGAAGUUUUGCUGGACAGAGUCUUGCGAGACGAGUUUUCAGGAACUUAAGCGAAGACUCAUUUCUGCACCUAUACUAGUACUUCCUUCUGGAGAUGAUGGCUUCGUACUUUAUACAGAUGCAUCAUUAUAG